AUGUCAUCCUCCAGGAAGCGUUACUCGGACGAAGAGUGGCGCCAGCAUCGAGCUACAAUCCAGCGCAUGUUUCUGAAAGAAUCAGCUUCGUUCAGCGACAUUAUGCGAAAACUCGAAGAAGACGGCUUUCGUGUAACGAAAUCGCAGCUUGAGUACAAGCUGAAGUUCUGGGGUCUUCGCAAAAGAAUCCCAAAGAACAAGGCCGAGAUCUUGUGGCAAUUUGUCGAUGGUCGCCUUUCCAAGCGGGAGAAGCAAGGCAAACUCAGCGAAGUCAUCCACGAUGGCAAAGUGGUCGAGCCAGCCAAGGUCAGAAAGGAGAGAGUUCGACAUCAGAGAACUUCUCUGGUGAAAUAUCAGCAAGGAUCUACCAGUCUCCCGACUCCUCCCGGAUUCAAUAUCACCCGCUUCGAGUUCGCGGGGAAUACAUGA